AUGGCACGUUUGACCAGUCAGGCGCUCACAUUGAUUGCUCCUGAGCCCACUGGGCUUUCGCGCGUCCGUGACUUAUGUGGAUGGCCUCGUGGAGGUUGUGGAAGUAUCGCCUUAGUAGAAGGAAGGGUGCUCGAUCGGGGUAAUAACACUAAGCCUCCAACGCUUCAUACGAAACUCAUGAAAUACCAUAAAUGCGUAUCCUUUGGGCCACUGACUGGUGCCUGGGCGCCUAGCUCACCCACUGGGACGGGAUUUAGUCGCGUCACAAAGCACGGAGGAGUCAAUCUUGCGACAUAUGACUAA